UCUUUGUAAAGGAGGUCAUUUUACUCAAGGAUACAGCCACUUCUUUCCAUUUGAGACAGUUGAAUCAAGACUUACUGACAAAGGAUUUACAAGAUGUUUAUUUAAAGUAUUUUUAAUAGUUAUUUUUUUUAUUCCUGGACAAGUGGACAAGACAAAACAACUUAACUCUUGUCUCUGCCACAACAUCCUGAUGGAUUGUUUGAACUUCACCAGCGAAUACCACAUUUACCACACUGUUCCUCUUACAAUCGCCGUAGCUGUCCUCAUUCUGGUAAUUGUAUUUGGCAAUGUCCUUGUUAUAAUUUCUGUCAUAACAAGUCAUGCCUUGAGAGCUCCUCAGAACUUAUAUUUGGUCUCUUUGGCAUGUGCGGACAUCCUGGUUGCUACCAUGGUCGUGCCAUUUUCUUUCUCAAAUGAACUCAUGGGUUACUGGUUCUUUGGUAGGAUUUGGUGUGAGAUCUACCUUUGUUUGGAUGUCUUCUUCUGCACCUCAUCUAUUGUCCAUCUUUGUGCGAUAAGCUUGGACAGAUACUGGUCGGUUACCCAGGCGAUCAAGUACAAUUUAAGAAGAACACCAUGCAGGAUUAAAGGUAACAUUGUUCUUGUUUGGCUUUUGGCAGCUCUAAUUUCCUUCCCUCCUCUUAUCACAAUGCAAAAGGAAGAGGGUAAAGUGGAAUGCCCCAUAUGUGACAUUAAUGAAGAAAAAUGGUACAUCCUCUUCUCAAGCACCGCCUCCUUCUUCGCUCCAUGCAUAAUUAUGAUAACGGUCUACAUAAGAAUCUACCAAAUUGCCAAGAAGCACACGCGAGCCCAACCAGGUGAACGCCAAAGGGAAAACUGCAACUCAGAGGACGUGAGAUGCAACCAGGAAAUCAAAGGAAGAGAGGAAUCGGAAAAGUCAGCAGGAGAGGUGGAUGGGGUAGGCGUAGAUGAUGAUAAUUCUUCCUCAGAAUCAACAGACACCACUCUCUGCUCACUGAAGAAGGGGUUAAGGAUUGGAAGAGUGGUGCCGAAACCCGGAGAGAGCUCACCCAAGUUGGAGGUGCAGUGGGGGGGCAGGAGGAGCAGGUGGAAGGGGAGGCAGAACAGAGAGAGGAGAUUCACGUUCGUCCUGGCUGUGGUCAUGGGCGCGUUUGUUCUCUGCUGGUUCCCCUUCUUCUUCACCUACACACUCACGGCUCUGUGUGAAUCCUGCUCUGUUCCAAAGACACUGUUCAAACUGUUCUUUUGGUUUGGUUACUGCAACAGCUCACUCAAUCCCAUCAUAUACACAGUGUUCAACAAUGACUUCAGGCGCUCCUUCAAGAAGAUUCUUUGUAGACAGAACCAUAUAUAA